CAAGCAAAUUAGUGUAGUAUUUGUGUUGCACAGUACUCAGAGCUAAAAACCAGCACAAGACGGCGCGCGUGAAUAUCUAUCUACAACACGACAGUGUCGAGUCAGCGUAUGAAACACAAGCCCCACCGCAGCAGUCGUUAGGCUAGCCAGCGAGACUCUAGCACGUAAAUACGUAGAGAACGACGAUAAUAACGAGAUUUUUUCUUAUUCAUAAUCACAAUAAUAAUAAAUUUUAUUUUUAAGAAAUUCUUAUGCAACGAAUUUUCUAUAAAACAAGAAGAAGAAGAAGAAGUGUUCAAUUAACUUAAAAAAUAUGAUUUUAUGAAAAAAAAAACAAAAAUGGAAGUGUGUUUUGAGGCGUAAAAUGUUGAAAUGGAUUUCUUGUGAUAUUUAUCACAGAGUUCGAGUGAAGCAAAACGAUUAAAACGUGUAUUCGCAUAAAAAUAUACAUAUUUACGCACAUACAUACAUAUGCACAAACAAACAACAACAAGUUGAAUGCUGUUAUUUUACGAUCCUGAUUAGCGCCCAUAAAGUGUCAAAAGUAAAAGUCAGAAGCUGUGAGUGUAUGUUUGUUUGUGUUUUGAAAAGUGGCGCGCUACGUAAUCCUGCCUUAUCAACCAACAACAACUUAGCCAUUAUCUGCAUAUGUUCAUACAUACAUAUGUAUAUACAUAUGUACGUACAUGCGUGAGUGAGUUUGUUUUGCGAACAAACAUAAGGCAAGAAAAUAUCUAAAAUAGAAGGUGUGUGCACACCAAGCCGCGAAUAAACAACAAAUAAAUUGCAGUUGCCAGGAUUUAUUGCUGUUCGUAAGGAGAAAUAUAAACUUAUACCAAGCGCUUAAUAAGUGUGGACAGCUGUUUGUAGUUGUCUGAUAUGAACUUGCAACAGCGUUUGAUGUUUCAACGUCCUCUACCAGCAAACAAUUCCAAUUUAAUAGUGAUUCACUUCCUAUAUAACUCGAAUAACAACAACAACGAUUGACCUAGGGAAAUUUGAACUAGGAAAACAUUUUAGUGACUCACAGCGUUUUUUUUUUAUUUCUCUCUUUUGGAGCUACCUGAGAGUUAACAAGAGGAAAUAUUUCAAGGAUAUACAAAUACACUUUUGUAAAAAAAAAAAAAAUUUGAUAAAAUUAAAUUUUUCUACACAUCAUUACGUCACCUUGGUCAUACCAACACCACCACAACCACCACGAACAACAACAACAAUUAAUGCAAUAAAAUGUAUAAGUUAUUAAUUGGUUUAAAAUCCUAUCUGAAAUGGCAGCCCAUUCAGACAGACAAUGCCAUCUUUCGCUUGCAUAACUCAUUCACGACAGUGUUGUUGCUCACCUGCAGUCUGAUCAUUACGGCCACACAAUUUGUAGGUCAACCGAUCAGUUGUAUUGUGAGUGGCAUACCGACUCACGUGGUGAAUACGUUCUGUUGGAUUCAUAGCACGUUUACGAUGCCCGACGCAUUCAAGCGACAGGUCGGCCGUGAAGUGGCGCAUCCUGGUGUUGCCAACGAUUUUAACGAUGAGGAUGCCAAGAAAUAUUACACCUACUAUCAGUGGGUCUGCUUCGUACUCUUCUUUCAGGCUAUCGCUUGCUACACUCCCAAAUUUUUGUGGGACAAAUUUGAAGGCGGUCUCAUGCGCAUGAUCGUUAUGGGUUUGAAUAUAACGAUUUGCACGCGUGAGGAGAAAGAAGCUAAGCGUGAUGCUUUAUUGGACUACUUGACCAAGCAUGUGAAGCGUCACAAGCUGUACGCCAUACGUUAUUGGGCCUGCGAAGCACUGUGCUUUAUCAACAUUGUCAUACAAAUGUAUUUAAUGAAUCGUUUCUUCGAUGGUGAGUUCAUGUCGUACGGCACACGUGUUAUGCAGUUGUCGGAUGUGCCACAGGAACAACGCAUUGAUCCGAUGGUCUAUAUCUUUCCGCGUGUCACCAAGUGUAUUUUCCAUAAAUAUGGUGCUUCCGGUUCGUUGCAGAAGCAUGACUCACUCUGCAUAUUACCGUUGAAUAUUGUCAAUGAGAAGACUUAUGUAUUCAUUUGGUUCUGGUAUAUGAUCAUGCUGGUUAUGUUGAUCGGUCUGAUGAUCUUCCGCGCUUGCAUAAUUUUCAUGCCCGAAUUUCGCCCUCGCUUGCUCAACGCACGCAAUCGUAUGGUGCCCAUGGAGAUUUGCCGAUCGCUCUCACGCAAAUUGGAUAUCGGCGAUUGGUGGCUAAUCUACAUGUUGGGUCGUAAUUUGGAUCCCGCCAUUUAUAAGGAUGUAAUGAGUGAAUUUGCCAAGCAAGUUGAGCCAUCAAAGCACGAUCGCACCAAGUAG